AUUAUUUUUGAGGCGCAUGAAUAACAAUUCGAAAGUAACGGCUUCAUUGCAUGUUUAUGUGAGUUUAUUCUAUUGUUUCUAGUGACGUAUUGUGUAGUGAAGGAUUUGUAGAUUCGUUUCUAGUGUAAGAUAUUGUAUAAAAUCUUUGAGAAAUGUUAAGCAAACAGCAGAAGGACAGAAACCAAAAUAUACAGGUUUUUGUAAGAGUAAGACACCUGAAUUCACAGGAAAAAACCAUGAAAUCUCUUAACAUUGUAGAAUGUCCAAACAGUCGGGAAGUCAUUGUGAAGGAGAGACCUUCAGAUAAAAUCACAAGGACCUUUGCAUUUGAUAGAGUCUUUGGACCUAAUUCGAGACAGAUUGAUGUGUACAUGUCAGUUGUCCACCCUAUAAUUAGUGAAGUCCUUGAUGGGUAUAACUGCACAGUUUUUGCUUAUGGCCAGACUGGUACAGGAAAAACAUUUACAAUGGAAGGAGAGAAGUCAAAUGAUGCAUCUAUUACGUGGGACACUGACCCUCUAUCAGGAAUUAUUCCGCGCACUCUAAGUAAUCUUUUUGAUGAAUUAAGAAUUCAGCAGGUUGAAUUUACAGUCCGAGUGUCGUUUCUAGAGCUUUACAAUGAAGAACUUCUUGAUUUACUGUCACCUACAGAUGAUUCUUCAAAAAUCAGACUUUUUGAAGAUGCAACAAAAAAGGGUUCAGUUAUCAUUCAUGGUUUGGAAGAAGUAACAGUCCAUAAUAAGAAUGAGGUUUAUGCAAUACUGGAGAAGGGUUCUCUCAAAAGACAGACGGCAGCUACUUUGAUGAACGCUCAGUCCAGCCGCUCACAUACAGUCUUUUCCAUUACUGUACACAUCAAAGAGAAUUCAUUGGAAGGUGAUGAGCUCUUGAAAACAGGGAAAUUAAACCUUGUUGAUCUGGCAGGCAGUGAGAAUAUUGGUCGGUCAGGUGCCGUUGACAAGAGAGCUCGUGAGGCUGGGAACAUUAAUCAGUCAUUGCUUACACUGGGACGUGUUAUUACAGCUUUGGUGGAGAGAGCCCCUCAUGUACCUUACAGGGAGUCAAAAUUAACUCGGCUGCUACAAGAUUCUUUGGGAGGCCGGACAAAGACCUCCAUUAUUGCAACAAUAUCACCUGCAGCAUGUAAUGUGGAGGAGACACUUAGUACUUUGGAUUAUGCAUGCAGAGCAAAGAACAUAACCAAUCGUCCAGAAAUUAACCAGAAGCUUACGAAGAAGGCUCUUAUCAAGGAGUACACUGCUGAAAUUGAGCGGCUGCGCAGGGAUCUGGCAGCAACUCGAGAUAAAAAUGGUGUAUACAUGGCAUCUGACAACUACACACAGAUGAUCAUGCAGUUGGAACACCAGGAGCAAGAGAUAAGUCAGAUGUUGGGGCAUAUGAAAGCUCUGAAAGAAGAGUUAGAUAAGAAAGAGAGCUUGUGUGCUGAACUGAAUAUAUCCUUGGACAGUUGCAACCAGAAACUGGCAACAACAUCCAGUGAGCUGGAAGUGACACAGGAUAAGUUAAAUGACACAUCAGUGAAGCUCCGUGACACUUUAAAUAUGUGUACAGAGAAGGAACAUUUAAUUGAGAAGCAUGUGCACACAGAAAGUACACUUUCUACUCAGGCUCAGUCUCUACUUGCAGCCGCAGACAUGGCGUCAUCUGAUGUUGAGAAGCUUCAUGACAAACUUGCACGAAAGAGGUCUGUAGAAGGUGUCAAUCAAGAAAUUAGUCGAGAAUUUCACCUAGCUUUUGUGCAAAACGUGGCUUACAUGGAGGACAGUCUGAAUCAAUUCAUUCAAGAUUUAACCAAGUUUUGUUCUGGAUUGCAAACAAACUUGGGAGAACAACUUGAGAAGAGAGGCAAUGAGUUAGCAUCUCUCAGCAAUGAAAUUUCUUCUCUGGUAGCCAGUCAAACUCUUCAAAUUCAGGAUUUGGAGAAGAUGACAUCUGACCAGGUGUAUAAUGGCCAACAGUGGAUCCAGGAAUAUCUCUCUGCUGUGCAUUCUACUUCUGACAGUGAGGUUAAUAAUCUUCACAAGUUCUUGACAGAAACAUUUCUUGUUCCAAUGCAGAAUUUGGCUCAUCAGCUUCAGCUCCAGGAGGCUGAAAAUCAGGCAUUUAAUCACAUGAUUGUUAAUCAGCUACAGCAGAAACUAGAUGCUAUGAAGACCUUUGAAACUGCACAAACUGAUGGCUUGUUAAAACUUCGAGACAGCCUGUUCCAGUAUACUAAGCAACAGCAGCAGGCACUGGAGAGCGCACAGGAAGGAUACCGUGGCGUGGAUAAGUCCAUGAAUGGGUUCAAACAGACUUUCUUAUCAGAGGUUCAACAAUUGAAAAGCUGGGCAGAUCGUAUUUUGGGCAUCCAUGUAGAUUUUGAGAACCAGUACAAUGACAAUAAGAAUAAGAUCAGUGGUGGCUUGGCUGUUGUUCGAGAGAAAUGUGACCACUUGUCUCAGGAGGCAGCAUCUACGCUGGACUUGCACAUGGCAAGAAGAAUUGAGCAUCUCAGUGCUUAUGAAACGCAGACAGAAGAACUGCUUGACACUGUCAGCAACUCCAGAGAAGUUUCUGAACAACUGAUAUCUGCAGCAAAACGGCUGGAAGAAGAUGUAGAAACCAGUGUCCGUUUGGCUGUUUCAAAUGGAGAGCAGGCUUGGAGGAACCACUACAGUUGGACGGAACAGGAACUGAGGAAGUAUUCAGAAAACUUGAAUGGAGAAUUUCAAAAUGAGCUUAAACAGACUCAGACUCUUAUAAGUGGGCUCAGAGAAUCUGCAGAGUCUCAUGAAGCUAUUUUGGAGCAGCAACAAGUGGAUUUUGGUACAUUUGUUCGUGAGCGUCAGGAUGAUCUUGAAACUCAGUGUUCCUAUAUUAAUGGCUGGAGUCAGACUAUCACCUCAGAUCUGCAGCAGUGCAGUCAGGAUUUGGACAAAUUUUUGGUUGAAGAGCUGCGGAAGGAUAUUCCAACAGGAAAUACACCACAACGCAGAGAGUUUUCAUACCCAAGAGUUCUGGCAGCAACAUCUCCACAUGAGCGGAUUCUUGCGAGGUUCCGUGAAAUGAAUGGUGACGUGAUGCCUCACUUGCAUAUUCCCGAAGUUGUGAGCUCUCCGUCUGGUUCCUCCAGUGCCAAUAGUGAUGAAGGUGGAUCAGACAUGGAGUCUCUGAAAGAUGUUCCAUUUAGAUCAGUGUCUGUUACUGAUAUAAGUGCAGAAGACUCAAUUUUUAAUGCUUCUCAUCAUAGUGAACCCAGCUCAUUAAAGCAGAAAGACAAUAAGGAAAACUCAAACACUGGUGUUCUUAAGAAACAUCGUUCGGAUGACCUGCAGGACUUGAAGAUAAAGCAACCCAAGCGCUCUUCCUCUCGGAAAGCUCUGCAGUCUCAGAAUUGAUUAAAUUGGGUUAUUUAUGUUCUAUAGCUUCACUGUAAUACUAUAAAAUAUGUUGUCCCAAAUUGUAUAGAUAUGAUUUGAAAAUGUAUUGAUAUGGAGAGAUAACACUUAAUUCAAUGUUAUAAAACAAAUGAGGUUUGUAAUCUCUGUCCGACAUAUCUUUGCAUGACAAACUGUAUGUACUCAAGACUUAUAACUUGUGACAUUUGAAUAAUUGACUACUUUGAAUGUGUAACAAAUAUUGCCAUGUGCAAGCAUAAAACAAAUACCUUCACUUGAGAGACAUUUUUGUAUGUGGGAGUUUUUAGAAUUUUGAAAUUUCUUAAUUUGGAAUGUACUGUUAUGUUAGGAUAUAAUAGGCAUAGAUGGGUAAAUUAUGUGUUGUAUACCAACAUUCAUAAUAAUUCUAAAAACAUUUAAGUGAAAGCUGCUUAAUGAGAAAUGGUAGAGAUGUGAUGAUUCCAGUAAUGAAAGUAUGGAUUCUGAGACUUGACUGUAGUUAUCCUCUAAUAUUUAAUUUUAUAUUAAUGUUAUUAAUUUACUGAUGGUUGUAGGAAAUCACACUGAAAUUUACCGAUAAUCAGCUGUGUUUUUAUGUCUUGAUAUAUGUCGUGGCAUUUGCCAUUAGGUAAUGUUGAUCCAAGAACAUCUGAUUUUACUUUGGCAAAUUAUUAAUGCAUGUAUGGUUAAGUAUAUGAGUAAAGUAGGGCUGUCAUUACAUUUGUAUCUAGUUUUAUAACCACGGACACACAAAGUUGUAGAACUCAGUAGUAAACUGUAAAAGUUUGAUGACAGAUGUGCCCUAAAUGCAAAAUUCUCAGAAUGACAGAUCUCAUUGAAUUUGCUUUUGUUAAUAUUUGAGAUACUGAAGCACAAUAAAGUAAAAUUUGGUUCAUAAAGAUAGCUGUCUGCAUCAGGGUUUAAAAACACGAUUACAGCUUUCCCUUUACAAAAAUCCUGCUUCUCUUUUGACAGAAGAGUUUAAAAAAUUGUCACAAAUCAAAAGACCAACAUAGACAGUGGUGGAUGAAGGUAGUAAUUCUGUGUAUUAUCUUUAAUUAAGUCUCAAAUUUAUAUGAAAUAUUGUGUUUGUGUAAUCCAUCAUUUAAAUGUGAUGGCAACGGUUGAAGAUGCAUUUUUUUAUAUUACUGAGAGGCUAUCGUCCUCUUUUUGAGUAAGAAUAAAAUAUAUGCCAAACAGUA